GAGAUUUCAGAAAAGAGAAACACACCACUAAACUCCGAAACCCACAACUUACCCAUACAACCACCAACCUCGGGCAACCCCAAUGCACAUCCACUAAACAAUCAAUCCCUACCAACCACCUCAAACAACUCACAUCCUCCAUCCUCCCCCUUUAGAAAAAUGCUCUGGCGCCCCCUCCACCCCACCGACCUCCCCGCCCUAGAAACAAUCGCCAACCAAAUCCACCAAUCCCUCCCGGAGCGCCCGGAGAUCUUCGCCGAGCGCAUCCGCCUCUUCCCGGAAGGCUGCUGGGCCCUUGAAGCCGGGGGCGACGGCCAACUGGUCGGGUACGCGAUCUCGCACCCGAUCCGCGCGGGCCAGCCGCCGGCGCUGGACACGCUGCUGGGGCGGAUCGCGCCGAACGCGGACCAGUAUUACAUCCACGAUGUGGCGGUCCUCCCCGGGGUGCGCGGACGGGGGCUUGCGGCGGAGGGGGUGCGGCGGCUGCUGGAGGUAGCGGGGCGGUACAGGUAUCAGACUACGGGGUUGGUGUCGGUUUAUGGCACGGAGGGGUUUUGGGGACGGUUUGGAUUCCGGGUUGUGGAGGUGGGGGAGGAGUUGAGGGGGAAGGUGGCCGGGUAUGGCGGGGAGGCGGUUUUUCUUGUUAGGAGAGAUGGGGAAGGGGAGUAG